AUGGCGCAUCAGAUCCAUAUCGCCGUGCUAGACACAGAUAUCCCAUGUCUCUCCGUAUAUGCUCAGCGUGGUCUCUACAGCUCGCAGUUCCGUGUACUGCUUCAGUCAGCAGCAGAGCGUAUCAAUAAAUCAGACAUCCAGCUACAAAAUGGCCCGCUGAGUGUCUACGUGACAGCAUUUGACGUGGUCGGUGGGUCACUACCGCCGCUUGAAUGCUUGCGCGCCGUACCACGUUCCCCAGACGAGAUCAGUGCGGGUGGCCCGACUAGCGCGAUUGAUGCGAUCCUUAUUACUGGGUCUGCAGCAGCAGCGUACGAUCCGUACCCGUGGGUAAAGAAGCUACAGUCUUAUAUUCGAACGCUGCAUGCUCAGUUUCCUCUUGUUAAGAUCUUCGGCUCCUGCUUCGGCCAUCAGGUGAUUGCCCAAGCCUUGCUUGCUGAAAAUUCGGACAAGACACCUCGCUCUACAUUCCAUGUUGAGCGCUCGGUGGAGGGCCAUGAAGUGGGCAUUCAUCCCAUCACGCUCAAUCCAGCCUUCACGGCCAACUUCCCACCCCUGGCGUCGAAAAGGCCGUUCCGCAUCCAGCUGAUCCAUGGCGAUAUCGUGGCUCCUACUCCCCAGGCGGUGACUGCCACAGUGGCAGACGAGACCGAAAUCCCCCUUCCAGUGCCAUGGAUCAACAUAGGAAGCAGUGCAGCUUGUUCUAUCCAGGGCUUGUAUAACCCCGGCCGAAUCCUGACUUACCAAGGCCACUUCGAGUUUGACACAUUUGUCAACCGCGAGUUGUGUAUUGAAUUUGCAAAGCGCGGGAACUGGCCGGCGUUGAAAGUGACAUCCUACCUAGAACAGAUCGAGCGCUCUUUCGUGCCUGGCAGUGAAGAUGACGAUGAUUCCAAGGCAGCGGCGGAAGCUGUGCUGUUAUUCUUUGCGGGCGAGGAUCACAAGAAAGUUCAGGUUGCUAUACACAAUGGCAUGCUCACACCUCCACUUGAAGAGGUCUGA